GCGCCUGUUUCCUGCUUUUCAAAUGACUACCUGUGUUACUUUCCGACCCACCUCUGUCGACCGAGUGUGUGUGAUCAGGAUACAAUCUGCUGUGUUUUUUCACAGCCUGCUCUCUCCCGCACACACACACUCCCGUUAUUUCAGGCCGCUGGACGUGAUUCUCCGCUCUACCUGCCCGGGUCGCACACCUGAGCGGACUCACCUGUCCGACGCCCGAAGACUUCCUCUACAUUUUCUUUCCAGCUCCGGCGCUGGGAAGAAAACUCAGGUGGAGAGAAAAGAGAAAGGUGUGUGUGAGAGGGGGGAAAAGAAGAGAUAACAGCGAUACGCGGCUUGCGAAACGAGAAGAAAGGUGCGAGGAGGAAGAAGGGGACCUUCCAUUUUCUGCUCCCGUUCCAACUUUGGAGUUUGCUGCUUUUGUAACUUCCAGCUGACUUGACGUCGCUUCUCCACUAACCUCCCCAUUAAGGAGCGGGUAUUAAUUGGACAUGCCGAGGGCCUUUCUGGUGAAGAAGGCGAACGUUUCGCCGGGAAAGCGGAACUGGAGCGAGCUCCCCGAUCAUGAACGAGGGGACGUCUACAUCCCAGUCUCCAUCUUCCCUUCGUCGGUCCUGAUGAUGGAGGAAGAGGCGAGCCCUGCCGAGAUGUCACCGCUCUGCCUCACCAAGCAGUCGCUCUCUGACGUGCAAACCCGCGCCGAGCUGCCGUCCAGCACGAUGCUGGGCCGACCACGCAGCCCGGCGACGCCGCCAGAGAAGUCGGAGGUGAGAAGGAGGUCGCAGGGCCUCCCGACGUACAUCCGAUCUAAGAUGAAGGUAACUACAGGCGAGCUGCCUCGCAUCCCCACCCCGCCAUCCAUAACUCCACCCACCUCUGCGAUGCCACUCGCCUUGACGACAACCCCUGUGCUGCAGGAUGCGGUCUCUAUGGUAACCAGAUCAACCGGUCCAAGUCAGAGUUCGUCGUCGGGGACAACAGGGAUGUUUGUGUGCCAGGUUUGCCAGAAAACUUUCCACCACCAGCGGAUGUUGAACAGACAUGUCAAGUGCCACAGCGAGACCAAGAGACACCUCUGCAACUUCUGCGGGAAGGGCUUCAACGACACCUUUGACCUGAAGAGACACGUGCGGACACACACAGGAGUCCGUCCUUACAAGUGCACCCUCUGCGAGAAGGCCUUCACCCAGCGCUGCUCCCUGGAGUCCCACAUGAAGAAGAUCCACAGCAUCACCCAGAAGUACGCCUACAAGGAGCGGCGCAACAAGCUGUACGUCUGCGAGGAGUGCGGCAACACGUCGGAAACUCAGGACGACCUGCUGAAACACCUCCACGCGCUUCACCCCGACAGUCACCUGCUGAAGGGGAAGGCGGCGAGGAAAGCGGGAGGAGCAGGAGGAAAAGAGGGAACGUCAGUCGCAGGAUCGAGUCCCGGAUCUCCUCAAGGAGCCGACAGCGAUGACACCACUGGGUCAGCAGAGCAGUAGAACGUGAGGGAAGCCUGGAAGACCAUCACAACGACAAACUCAGGGGGGAUGGAUGAAGGAUGGAUGGAUGGAUGGAUGGAUGGAUGGAUGGAUGGAUGGAUGGAUGGAUGGAUGGAUGGAUGGAUGUGUUAACUGAUGGACAUAAAGUGAAGUGACACAGGAAGGUGGAGGAUGCAUUGGGGAAAGGUGAUGUACAUAUACGUGUGUGUGUGUGUAUGUGUAUGUGUGUGUGUAUGGCUGUGGGUUUCUGAGUAAUACGUGUUUUUACAUGGGAUGUGGAUUAGAUGUGGAUGUGGAUGAUCAGCUCGUCGGCACCAACAUAUGUUUCUUCCUUUCUAUUGCAUGUGAGUGUAAACUGUGGGCUUCUCUCUAUAAAGCAAAAAUGAUGAGUUUUUCUAUGAAAAGAUGUACUUUUUGUUCAUUAAAGUGAGUAAUAUAUUACACAAGAA